AAGAAGUGACUUAUGACCGGUUUUUACACUUACGACCAUUGCAGCAACCUCAUGGUCACAUGAUCAAAAUUCACACCCCCAGCAACUGGUUCAUAUUUAUGAUGGUUGCAGUAUCCCAGGGUCAUGUGAUCCCUUUUGCGACUUUUUCAUAAGCAAAGUCAAUGGGGAAGUCAGAUUCAUUUAACAACUGAGUUACUAACUGAAAAACUGCAGUAAUUCACUUAACAACUAGGGCAAGAAAGGUCAUAAAAUGGGGCAAAACCCACUUAACAAAUGUUAGCAACAGAAAUUUUGGGAUCAAUUGUGGCUGUAAGUUGAGACUACCUAUAUGUUCUCUACUUUCAUGAAUAUCCCUUUUCAGGGCUUCAGAACUCGCAUAACAACUUUGUAAAGAAUUAUUUCCCUCCAUAUUGUGGAAGAACAUACACAUGUAUUCAUCUUUACAAAAUAGGGGAUGACGUGCAAAUUACCUCUUAUUUGUAUUUCCACACCUUUUUCUCCCUGCUUGUUACGUUUACAUGGAACAGUACAUUUCUAAAGGCCAGUCUCCUGCACAAAUGUUGCCUCAGGGCAAGAUUCUACAUUUGAACUCUUGAUGGGAAACAUUGCAAUGCAAGCUACAGUAUUUGCAUCAAAUGAGAAAAAAGCAUUUCUUGCCGAGUCAUUUAAAAUGUCAAGUUGAAAUAUUAAGAUGUGAUAAACACUGUUUUCCUGCAUGCUACUUUACAUCAGAGUUGGGGAGUCUGGUGUCAUAAAAUAAGUUUCAGAACACAGAUUCCAUGAACCCUUAUUGCUACAAUAGUUAAGCUGCCUAGGAUACUGGGAGUUGUACAUCAACCAAAGGGCACAAGAAUCAGGAAGACUAUGUCACUUCUCCACAUUCAAAAUGUGAGGAUUAAUUCUUUAUGGGAAGCCCUGGUAGCAGUUCACUCAGCAAUUGUUUUUGUCCAGUUAAAUAGCUGUACGCUGGGAGGAUGGAGAGUUAAUUAAUACUUCUUAACAGAUUAAACUCCAAACUUUACAGGAAAUGCAUUUUUUUAUUGCAUGCAAUGGGUUAAAUUCAGAGAUAGAAGGAAAGGCAACAAGAGAAAGUAUUACCUGCAAAAGGGAAGGGCAGGUAAUGCAUUGUGUGGGUGGAGCAAGAUUUUAUUCUGAUUGCAGGAAGAAAAGAGUGGGGCUUGGCAGCCAGAGUCAGUCCCUGGAUGACCAAAUCAUUCCCAUUGGACUAUAGCUUCUGGCCCAGGCUGGUGAACUUCUCAAGCUUUUUUGAGUAAGGAUCUUAAACCUGGCUGAGGAGGUGUAAAGGUUUUGUGUUGUCUGUUUUUCCGCAACUUCCUGUAAUUGCUCCUUUUCUUUGUUGGCACAGUGGUUGCAAGGAGAACGUUCAGAGUGGAAUGGAUCGCUACAGAUAUUUCAUCUUCAACCAGAGAAGCAUGUUGAUAUUAGGGCUACUUCAGAUAGCUUGUGCUACAGUUUGUGUCAUCAGUGGAUUGAUAGAUGGUGUUUUCAGAAAGGAAUCAGAAUUGAGCAAAACUAAGAUACCCAUUUGGGCUGGAGUGUUUAUGAGCAUUCCUGGAAUUAUGGCUUUAAAUUCAUCUCAGAGGAAGAAUCCAAUUCUGGUGAAUGCCACGAUAAUUGCGUCAGUAUUUUCCUGUUUCACCACUUUAACUGUAAUAAUUUAUGCCUCUAUGACAUUAGAGUAUGGUGAAAAACAUGAGUCUAAUAAUGUGUCGUAUAACCACCCAGAUAUCGUAUUGGUGCUGGGUAAACUGGUUCAAGGAGCUAACAUCACAAUGAUGAUUUCAUCAAUUUUUAGUAUAUUUAUUGUGCUGGUGAUUGUGUAUGUCAGCUGCCGAAGUCUUCCAUGUUGUUCGUGCUAUGACAGUAUCACUGGACUUGAGCAUCUAAAAAAUAAUGAAGACCAGUUACAAACUACAGAAUUAGUCUGCCUUUCACGUGAUCAAGAGGACAGAAUUUUUAAUUGUCCAGUAAAACUUCCUCAACCAAACACAGAAACAGAAUAUGAAAUAAGUGACCCUCCUCCAUACGUCAGGCUUACUUAGAAACAAAUUCUAUAAGGAUUUCAUGAACAGACCCUUUAUAAUUUUUAAAAAGUAUUAAAUGUGUACAAUUAUUAAAGAAAUUGAAAAAUAUUCCCUUCAACAGA